AUGGACUACCACGACCUUCUAUCAAACUUUGACGAACUCACAAAUAGGCUACACAGAGAGGUAAAGUAUAAUUCAGAUCCGUUGACCAUCACUGACAUAAACCGCGAAAUUGAGUACGUGAAGAAGAGAAUGGAGGACCGCGGGACAGCCGACACUUCUUUCACUAAGGGAGAAGAAGGAACCGUAAACAUCACAGUACCCUCUGGAAGUGCCACAGCUCCAGGUGUUGAGUUCGUGGAGGAUCCAAACGAUUUGCUUCCAGAUGUGAUGGACGCAUACAACGAUUCGUUUGACGCUGAUUGGGACAAUAUUGAGGAAAGACUUUCAAAGCUAAAAAAAGUUCUCAAAAGACCUAAUGUCAGCGAAUAAGAAAAGGGAUUUCGAAAACCAGGUGGAGCGUGUGCUAGCUGUUGUUUGGGUUGUACAGGGAAAGGAGAAAAUAGUGCUAGAUCCCAGGAAUAAAUAUGUCAGGGAACUAGUCAGGAGAUCAUCUGUGAAAACACUAAAUGAUGGCACCGAGGUGUUGAUGUUUAGAAGUGAAAGAGGUAUUGACAAAGGUGGUGUUCAAAUUAUGAAACGUGGAAAGACCAGCAUUCCAACAUACUCUAAGAAUUCAACCGCAUUGAGAGAAUACAAGGAAUUGGUGAGGAAGAUUAAAGACGAACUGAUAACUAGCACUCAGGGUUACGUAAAUAAAGCGUUUGGGGGUGACGAUGUGGAACCCACAACUGUUGAUCAGGAUGAUGUUGACACCAUGUUCGAAGACAUAGAACUCAUAGAUGUGAAACUAUUCAGAGAUGACAUCCCAGGCUUAUCCCCCACAGAAAACAGAGAGCUACGUGGAGUGCUUAACCUCACAGACACAACGGACCCGGAAUCACGUGUGUGUGAAAACGGUGCUCUUCAGAAGCAAGUAGAAUACUUUCAAGACGCAAUUAACAAAACGAUGGAACUGAGGGAGAAAACAGAUGACACAGAGGAGUUCAUUAGACUGGAAGAAAGAAUAGUAGCCGUUAGGGAGGCAAGGGAUAGGACAGUCAUGCAGAAAGAAGUUGAGGAAGGAAGACAAGCCCAAGUUGAAGACAUUUCCAGAUUCCGUGUUAUUCCGCAACAGUGUUAUCAUGGGGUGCGAAGGGUAUUGCUUGGUUAGCUUCAAACUUAUGGGUAUUAGUUGUAGCAAUAUCACUUCUACUAUAUGACUAUUACCUUAGGUAAAACAAGCAGGGAGGUGGAUCCAGAGGAAUACACUGAUCAGAAAAUGGAGGAAUUACGGAAGAUGUACCCACUGUAUGAAGACAUGAACCUGCAAAGUCUACAUGAUGAGAUACAGUUUCUAACAGAAGAUAGAGAUGAGGUAUGUGAUGGAAUUGAAAAGAAGAAAGAUAAGUGUGAAAUAUACAAGAGAACAGUUGGAGGAUAUGUUUCCAGAACUUUCUAA